ACUUGUAAUUUUUCAUUGCAGCAAAGAAGAAAGUUGUGAUUCUUGAAAGCGAGAUGAAGGCAACAAUUACUGUUUUAGUGGUGCUGAUUGCGAUGAUGGCCGUUCACGAAACACACGGUUGGUUGACAAAAGUCGUACAUGGCGCAGCCAAACUUGUUAAUUGGUGGUUUGGAGACAACAUCCGUUUACUGAGAAAAAUGAGCGAUAUGGAGUUCGACAGCUUCUUGGAGGAGGCGCAAGAAAAACUAGAAAGAGAUUUCGGCAAAAUGAAAACUGAUCGGUUCUUGGAUAUGCUUGUUGAAGCACGAUAUUUGAGUGACGAGGAAUUCAAUUCCAUGACUAAUGAUGACUACAUAAAGGUUUCCAGGGAUGAUGGAAAGAUUGAAAAAGCAAUGGCACGUGCGCUGCACGGCCUUCUUAAAUCCAAAGAAUAAAAUGUGCUGAAUAGAUUUGAAGACGAUACCUCGUGUUUUUUAAUUUGUUGAAAGAGCUACUUCAAAAA